AUGAUUCGAUACAGGGAGCUUGCUAACUCAGAGACAAGGCAAAUCAGACGAUGCACAAAUCAAGUUUCGCUGCGUCUCCUUGCAAAAUCAAGGUAUGCCAUAGAUGUGAGAGCGUUCAAGAAAUUCAUCCCGUCUGUGGUUGGACCUUGGUCGGACAAAUUAACUCUUCAAACUAAUGAAUCCGGUGAGUAUUGGGCUUUCCAGGUGUCCGUUUCUAGAAGGUCCAGGUAAAUUUUCGGGUCCGAAAUCGAAUAUUCAAAUCAAUAUCUUUACCAAGGAUUUCAGUUAGUACGCAGCCCCCAGGAUUCAUGGAGAAACCUUUUCCUGGGUAGAAGGAUCACUCGCCUACCUGAGCUACCCCAGGCGAGCCAACUUUUCCUUCAUUUUUUUACAAAACUUGGCGAACCGUUGAAAUGAAAAAACAAACUCGGGAAGAAGGAUUGCCCUCCCAGCAGGGUUUGGAUCCGUGAAUUUACCGGUAAAUAGAGCGUGAAUCGGGAAAACUUAUGAAAUACAGUCGUGAUGCGGGAAUCAUCACGCAGAACGAGUCGACGUCAUUAGCUAUUCAUGACCGCCGAAGCGGCAAAUUCGAAUGCACGAGCGCUUUCAAUAAGCCCUGAAUAAGAGAAGAAAGGACCUCUUUUGGUCCACCAGCGUUGACAAAACUAAUUCCUUAGCCCCAAAAUUACAAAACCAUGGACGGAAAAUUGAAAAUAAAUGAUAUAUCAAUGAGUUAAGCAAAAGAAAUAAGCGUUUUACGAAGUAGAAGAACUAUCCCUUUGCACUUGAAAAUUGCGGAAAAAAGGACAUUUUUUGUAUGGAAGCUGCCUUUCAGCGCAAUUUUCCGGAAACCAGCAACGAAAUCCUUUAAACCACGGACGGAAUAUGUUAGAUUGGUCUUUCAUUAAGCAGAAUACUUUUAAACUUUUACAAUUUAUGGGCAAGAACCACUGUCCCUGCGAGUUUUAAAAAGUCUGGUAGAAACGUAGCCUACCUAAGACCAGGAAGCUAUCGUUUUAAGUCUAGUAGGAAUAACAAUGGCUGUCAAAACUAACAGUACGCAAUUGAAAACCACUUGGUUAUGAAGUAAGCCAUUAGCUGUUGCUGCGAACUUUAAAAUAUCUAUAAGCCACUCGACUAAAAUUAUUAACCUAAUAAUCCAAAUCAUCCAAGCGUAUGCUCUUCACUAGAGAAAUGAAUAGAACAAGUAAAAGUUUACUCAUUGACUUAGUAACUAUAUAUAGUAUAUAUAGUAUAUAUUCACUGUGACGCGUGAUCCUCCAAAACAUCGUAGUCCGUGAAUCGAGAUUUCUACCGAUAAAACAGAAAUAAGUGUCGUGAUGACGAGGGUUCAAAGUUAAACCAUGGAAAAGUGAAAACUUGUCGAGCUUCGAUUUUACAGCAAUAAAAUUCACUGCCAGUAAAAUUUGUAGUCGUUAAAUAAAAAGUAGAGUAUCACCAGUUUCAUCAACAUACUUUUUGAUUCAAACCGAUCACAGGGUCAUCUAAGAAUAACUCUUGCCUUAGUAGUCCAGCAACCGCUAAGAAUCAUUGAUGGACUUGAUCAGUUCGUUACCUAAUCACGUGAUUCGUAAAAUGACUCCAAAAGGGGGAACGUGAUUCGUGAAUGUACGGAAAUUUAACCCGCGAUUCGAGAUUCAGUACCCUGGGUGCCAGAGACUUUUCUAGCGCGGUUUGCGGCUUCGUUACUCGUGGCUUCGGCCUACGGCCGAAGAUGAGUCAGUAGGGUCACCCUUCUAGCUGGGCUACCGUUUCUCCGUAUAAACGCUUUGGCUCGCCCAGCCGGUUCAACUCGGUCGAGGCAAGACAAUCAGUACAUGGGCGAGCGCUGUUGUCAGUUCUUGGCUCGGGCAAUGGGUCAAUGUUUUUCAUUAGAGAGCUAUAGAUUCGAGGACGACAUUCAAUUAAAAGUUUUCUCGUCUAUUCUCUAAAAAUAGACGCCCCGGAAAGUUUCUUUGUACUUUUUUUUCACCACAAAAGUUUGCUUUUCAACUUAUCUUAAACCGUGAAGGAGAUCAUUGUUUUUUAUUAUUAUUUUCAGUCCCAAGUAAGCCACCUUCAAAUGUCAAAGCUGUUUCCAAUACACCCUCCUCGAUAACCGUCUCUUGGGACCAAAUACCUGGGAAUGGACAAAAUGGCGUCAUUCAAGGAUACGUUGUAUUUUACCGUGAUCAAAGUUCGUCCUUAUGGACCGAGAGCGAUGUCAAGCUGAAUUCUUCCCUCGAACUGACAAAUCUGGUAACUGGAAAGCAUUACACCGUCUGUGUUGCGGGGUAUACGAAAGUGGGACGAGGAGUGAAGUCACCUCAGAUACAAAACAUUGUUGUUGGAGGUAAAAUUUAUUUCCUUUGCAAGAAAGGUCCUGUAAAAAUGUACCUAAAGCAUAGUCCCUGUUUUUAUGACGCAGAUAAAAAUUUCGUUUAGGACUGGAUACAUUAUUACUCCGCCACUAAGAGCCAGCAAUUUUCAAAAUUGAGCUAAACAGGUUUUAACUUCUUGGUAAUUAGCGCAAACUUACUUUAGGAGCCCGGUUCUUGUUUUCUGAAGAAAAAAUUACAUUCACCAUUCACACAUUGCCCAUAACUAGGCUUUGAGAGACUGUGCUAGAAAAGCAGCAGAACAUGCUACUAGCAGCGCUCGUAUAUUUCAAUCAAAAAUUAUGCCUAGUGUUAUUAAAUUAUGCUCAUUUAAGUAAAAAAAAAAGAGGCAGAAAUUGCGCUUUUACUUUUUACUUUAAAUUUCGUAAAAACACCUCAAUAACUAUGCAACAAACAAGUAAAUGGCAAAUACACUUACCCUAUUAACAUCUACAAACUUUAAGAGUGCAUAAUUCAUUGUUUGACAACUAUAUAUAUAAACAAAAACGAAGAAUUUUACAAUCAGCACGCGGACGCCAUUUUGGGUAACCGAGCUAGUUAUGCGCAUGCGUUGAGUCCUAUGGGAAGAGUCCUAGGCCGGUCACUUCCAAAGGGACCCAGUUUCCAUGAAUGUGACCAUAAGCAGACAAACAAGUCUGGUAAAAAAUCAAUAAACGAUAAUUUUGUGUUGCAAAGCUAAUCAAAAGUGCAAAUUAUGCUAGCAGUGCUUUUUUCGGAAGAUAGAUGUCAAUUAAGCUCGUAAAGACAAAUUAUGCCAAAAAUUAUUCUGGCACAAUCUAUAUGAAAGCCUACCCGUAACACACCUUGUUUUGCACCCCACUCCUGGAAACAAAAAAAAUUUUCAUGACCAUUACUUCAGUAGUCGCAAAUAAUACUUAUUUUCCUGAAAACAGAAAACAAAAAACCUUCGUUUGGUUCUCUAUUGAUCUGUACAGUCUGAAAGGUAAUAUAUCCGCGAAGUUCCAAUAUUGUGAUUGGAUUCAUCUCGAUCGCGCUCAAAUAGCCUGCAUAGCAAGCGUUUCCGCGCGUGUUCGUCGAAAAAGUUGGGACGAGAGUAAAAAAUUGCGGUCACCGACGGUUUACUCGAGUUAUGUGGGCUUGGAACCUUUGCGUAACGGGUCGCUUGCUGGUUGUGUAACUUGCUUUUUACAGGUUUUUUUUGUAUUGUUUAGGCCAACGUAAAACCACGAAAAAGACCGUCAUGCCAACAACACGUAAGUAUCGUAUUGUUCAGAAUUUUACUUAAUUAACCAUACAUUUCAUUCUUUGAUUUUCAGUUGCCCUAAGUUGCAAUUUUAUCGUUGUGCGACACGGCUUUGCCAGUGAAAUUACGUGAUCGUGAUCGUGAAAUUACCCGUGAAUACGACAUUCGAAUAAACAAUGAGGAGUGGGGGCUCUGUACAAGUCACUUGUGAAAGUCUCGAAAUCUGCACUUGUAUAUUCUUAAAAUUCACUUUUUGGGCAACACGCAAAGCAACGCGUCCGGUUUCAAACUUUGCGCAGCAACUCCUACCAGCACGCAACAACAUGCAGCAGGGUGUGGACGCAAAAUGUAACAUCCAACAAUGUUGGGAGUUUUGGGGCAACAAUCUUGCGUCUGUUUGCACGGGGCUCAAAAGAUACCAUUCUUAAACACAGAGCCAGAUACAUGAAGGAGUUAAAGUAACUUUAAGCUGUCAUUGAUUACUUUCUUUUUAAGGUCUUCGCUACUGCUGCUUUCUUUAUCAGGCUCCCCAUGCAUAGCCCUGAGCGGUAGCUCGAUGGCGUAAAUAUUCGCGGUCCAUCCUGAUAACUGUAUUAAAAAUUGAUACCAACAUUAUAAUUUAUAACUGACGUACCUUAAUGAGACGACAAAUUUUUCCGCCGUUUCAAAUGGGAUUCCUCCAGAGACAAUCGCUCUAAAUAAAUCACCACGUUAAUAUUUGAAGGCUUUCGAAGCUCAAGGAAAUUAAUUUCUUAGCCUGAUUUUUUUCACAGUAAUAUCAACAAGCACAAUAAAGAAAACAACAAAGCUGAGUUCCAAGUCUUCUACAUUAACUCCUAAAACAGGUAAGUGCUGCGCAUGAAUGCAAGUCUAUAUAAGGCCUAGGCCAAUCGUCGAACUUCUCAUGAGACCGCGAACCAAACUCUGAUUUAGGUUGACCUAAUAUUAUUGAGAUCGUCUGUUGGGUCAGACGUCGAACUUAGGACGCCUCGAAACAAUCAACUGAAUCGGACCAAAAAGUAAUUUUAGGCGGCCAGUGAUAAAUUUUCUCCCGAACGAGGUUACAUACACAUUUCAAGUUUCACAUUUAUCAGUUCAGUUCAUCACAUGUGAAGAUCGACGUUUGUCCGGGAGAUGAUCUUUAGACGUUCUAUCCGUCUAAAGAAGACGGAUAGAACGUGUUGGACGUUGCAAACUUAUUCAGACGAACUUAACUGGGCCGGAAGUCGAAAUUUUCAUGAACUUAACUCACUAAGUUUGGUUCGUCUCGCGAAAAGUUGGACGUUUGGCCUAGGCCUAACAGUUCACGACAAUAUCUUUAAAGCUUCUCUCAGGUUACCGAAACAACAGUCCUGAACGAAAGAUGAAAACGUUGAGUCAAACUGCGGUUAGUGUUAUGCAGCUGGUCCCCGAUUUUCCCCGCCCCCAUCUUCUUGACAUGUUUAAACUUCUCAUUUUUCUCAAUGAUCCCUGUUCCUCACAGUUUUAUCGCACACGCCUAAGACAGCAAUAACAAAACCGUCCAAAACAAGAGCUCUAGAACUUAUUAGCACAUUACCAGGUCAGUGGAUCAUUGAUUCUCCUCUCAGAAAUAAAUUGCUAUGUAUCACUUACAUUAUUUCCCUGAAGGCCAUAUACUGAAUUAAGGGGGAAUAUACAGGUAUCUGAAAUUCAUGCUUAACCGCCAGAUCCAAAUGUCGGGGUUUGAAAGAAGUAUACUACUGAUUAGUGAGCUUGGCGGGGGGGGACUGUUUGGUCUGCCUCCCAUCCCCUCCCAUUAAAAACAAGUAGUAUUGAGCAGGAGAAGUUGGGGAUCAAUUGAGUUUUCUGGAAAACCGACCACCUACCCCUCCCCUAAGUCAACAUUAACACUUACUUCUCACUUAGCACAAAAUCGUGACUUAGGGGAGGGGUAGGUGGUCAGUGAACCAGUCAUUGAUUCCGCCAUUUGGCCAUGAAUGAAAAACGAUUGCAAUGAUGUGGAUACAUGUUGCUGCUUUGAGGUAUCGAGUAAACCAAAAUCCUCCGCUUGCAAUAAAUAAGGUCUGUUUCAGGAUAUUUAUAUGUGUUUAUAUUGCUUACACUAUGUUUGGCCACCCAAGUCUGAUUUGAAGUAUUCUAGCCAGGAUUGUCUCUGUUACAGGUGUGGUCUUUUCUUGAGUCCCUAAAACAACAAAGUCUACUGAUUCCAAACCAGUUAAGGAAACAGAAACAGAAGCUGUUACGCAUCAAUCAACGCCUUCAGCUGCAUUGGUCAGCGAUCUAAAAGUUAUUGUGGUCAAUUUUUUUACUAGCUUUUUGUCUCACUGAAAAUUGUUGGGACGCCGUCAUACUUCCCCAAUUCGGAUGUGAGAAGGAUUUCGCAAAUUGCUGAAAAAACGAACAUAAAACUCAUCUCAAUUUCGCAGUUGUGAAAAUAGGGACUUGUACAAAUACAGAUUUUUCAAUUCCAACGUCUUGUCAGAGUAUGGGUGACUUCUUUCCUCUUCUCAGUUCUCCCAUCAAAAUGUCUAACAUUGUGUACUAGAUGUGUUAGAACAUGAUAUAUUCUUUCCCGUAGCCUGCGUUGCUAAAAGGAUAAGCGGGCGAGUUCUGUAGAAGCCAGGCUAGUGCUGUAGUAUUGGCGGCAGAGCAGCAAGAAGAUAAGGAGGAAAUCAAAUUGAAAUCCCCCGCUCGGACAGUGGUCUGACAAAAUACCACAGUGAUAACAGUGCCAGCUACGCAGGCAACAUUAAUUUUAUCAUCACUUUCUUCUUGAUAAAUGCCGGGGACAAUGCAGCGACCAUUUUCAAGGUGUCACCAGUAACCGUCCUAAAUAACUUUUAUUUUACUUUCUGUUGUUUAUAGCUGAGAACGAUUCGAAAUCUGGCUUCGGUAGCAAGAUUCUCUCGAUUGGAGUAUCAGCAGCUGGUGGUUUUUUGUUGCUUAUAAUAUUAAUACUUGUCAUCGUCUUGGCAAGAAGGCGCACGCGCAAGAGGAGACAGCAUGAAAAUGGCGAAACUCCACUGCAGGUUAGUUACACAAGAGAAAGAUCAAAUGACGUAGUCAUGAGGGGUAUUUCUAGCAUUAGAUCUGGGCCCCCGCAGUCUCAGCUUCACCUCGCUGGUGAAUCUAUGACGGAGCGAUUGGUACCAAAUUUGCCCCACGAUGCAGGUCAAGAUGCGGUGGCCACGUUCAAACCUAGAGGUAGUUUUGCCAGAGUGAAGGCCGAAAAUACCACUCUUUUACCAACUGAAGAUUAUUCUGAAGAAAGCAAGUUGCGCGUUCAUUUUAAUGAAGGCCAAGGGAAAGUCGAAGAGGGCAGCGCUGGGCGAUUGUAUGACACUAUCGGGUGUCCCCCUGGAAACAGCAAAAACGCAUUAAAAUGUGAUGUCAGACAACGGUGUGAAGCCAAUGCUUCUCCGCAAGGACACAUUUAUCAAAAUGUACAAGAGUCUGAACACUUAUACGACACCCUUAACAAAUUCAGGUAG